GUUGUUCUGCGGAAGACGGAUGCGAGGAAGAUGUUUGUAGUCAGAUAGCCGAGCGUUUGAGCGAAUUGUCGCCGCCAUGGAGGCUCUCCGGGGCAGGAGAGGACCGCUUGGCCUGGCUGUGGCCUUCCUGUGCUGCGUGGGCUCCGUGCGGUGCUUUGGGCAGAGCCAAGACAGCGAGUUUACGUUCCUACUUCCAGCCGGAAGGUCCGAGUGUUUCUAUCAAACGGCGAUAAAGAACGGUACGAUGGAGGUCGAAUACCAGGUGAUAGCAGGAGCCGGGAUGGACGUAGACUUCACCAUCGUCUCCCCUCAAGGAUCCCGCCUGAUUAUCGAGAAUCGCCGUUCUGACGGAGUCCAUGUGGUGGAGCCCAUGGAGGAGGGAGACUACGAGAUCUGUUUCGACAACGGCUUCAGCCGCUUCUCGGAGAAGAUGGUGUUCUUCGAGAUCAUCAUGGAGGGGCAAGGAGGGGACGUGGGAGGAGACGACGAGUUCCCGGGCGUGGAGGAGCCAGACGGGAGCCUGCUGGAAUACAAGCUGGACGAUAUUAGGGAGACCAUGGACUCUCUGCACAAACGCCUGGAGCGCAGCCGGCAGAUGCAGACGGUCUUACGGGCCUUUGAGGCGCGGGACCGGAACCUCCUGGAGGACAACCUGUGGAGGGUCUCGUUCUGGUCGUGUGCCAGCGUGCUGGUGAUGCUGUGUGUGGCCGUAACCCAGGUCUACACCGUUCGCAAACUGUUUGACGACAAGCGGAGAGUCUGCACAUAGAGGAACAGACUGUGAGCAAUGAUGACGUUUCAUUAAGUCACAAAGCGUAACCAGAAGGUGAAAGAGGUAUGACAGUGUGGAAGUCGGGUCAAUUCAUUUCGUUUAGUGCCUUCAAAGCCACGUCUGGCCGCAGACCAAUAAGGAAAUGCGCGUCAGUGCGGUCCUGCGCCUCUCAAACAGGACAAAGGGGUCGGGAUUUUUCGGUAAAGGUCGACGGUUCGCCUAGCCGCCACGUUGCUGCUUCAGAGGGUAAUAAGGUGCAAUAGUGCUGACUCUGCAGCUACGUUUGUUGUAGUUGAUUCUGGUGUUUUUCUUUUAAGGGUCCUGUUUAAUUAAAGUCACAUUUGUUUAUCUUUUGCCGCGUGUGGGAAGGAGGGAAACUUUCACAAACUGACUGCCAGCCUCUGCCGUAGACGUGUGAACAACGUAAAACACUCCGACUGCGUUUGCGUGUUUAACUUCAAUCAUGUGUUUUUCUUUCUUUCAGAUGACAAAAAGUGUCUUUUUUGUUCACGCAGAAACAUUUUAUGUUUUCAUGUUAUGUAAGAUGUAAUAAAUCAGCUUCUAGUGAAAGACGUCCAUGACAAUAAAAGCAUUGUUUUACACUGAAAGAACGCAGAACUGAGCGGUUUUUGCUUUUCGCCGUAUAAAAGUUGGUAUGAAAGCAUUUAAAACGUUCUCCGGCACUGAACAGGAAGCUCUGACUCAAAAAAAGUUCUGCAAAUUAAUAAUUCAUGGUGAUUAGCACCAUGAAUUAUUAAUUUUCAUGGUGCUAAUCACUAUAAGCAACCUGAUAACAGAUAGUUUUUUUAUGCAUUAAAACACAUGCAAAGUUGACAAUUUGAAUGGACUUUUUUAAAUACAGUUUUGCUGUCAAAGUGCCAUGAUUUACCAAAUGACACUUGAUGUCAACAGUCGUAAAUAUUCACAAAGACUCCUUCAUGUUCAUGACGGGCGUUAUGUCACGUUCAUGUCGUCACCCUGUCAAAUAAAGUGUUACCGACAUCUUCAA